ACAGAAUAUCUGGCAACAUUUAACUAGCAUUUUCUAACUGAUAGCAAAGAAGUAGACUACCUUGACCAGCCUAAUAAUAGACCAUGAAGUUAGGUGCCCCGCUCAUCAUUAUCGUGCUUACGCUGUAACAUACUAUAGCCCAAGGCUGUAUGCAUUGUUAAUACAGUGUCAACAUAAGACCUGAGCUGAUAAAGAAAGUGAUACGUUUAGGAUAAGUGGAGAGGCUAGUGGCUCCUUACUCCUCCACUGCAGCAGAGCAGUCAGAGUGAUGCAAGUUAACGCCUGACGGGCCUUCUGAGGUGGCAAGCUGAGGGGCAGAGCCCGUAGCGGUGGGUAGAGGACAGGGCAGUGGCACCCACAGUGACCCGAUGGGCGGAGAGGCAGAGCAGGAUAGAAGGGCAGGCCUGGCAGGGUGCGGUCUCGAGUGGCAACUGAUGCCUCGAAUUCCCAAUUCAACUGGAAAGGCAAAGCGGCAGAGACAAAAAAACGGGACAAGAAGGAGAAACGCCAGAACCAGUAGUGUUCCUCCUCGUUUGACAUUGACAGCACCUCAGUGGCAAAACCACAGCACGAAGAAGACAAUCUGCGACCACUGUUCACUACAGAAGAUCUACUUUGAACCUGUUUGUUUAAAUGAGCAGCCUUUUCAACUCCAUACCCAUAUCUGUUGGCUCCCGACGACGAGAAAGAACAAGAUACAGUUAAGCGGCGACGUUUGGACAACACCGGACUCGGACCCCGGAGACAUUGAACUUUUACCCCUGCUACCGGUUACACAAAACAAAACAUUCGGCUAAAUGACUGUUUUGGGGGGCUUUUACGGACAGUUGCUGUGCGCACCGAGGAUGGCGUGGAUAAGGCUUAUAUAAUAUUGAAAUAUUCUGUCCCCUAACCUCCAUUCCUUACCCUGUGGGGGGAACACGGAGCAUCCAGGGGAGGGGGUAGCUUGCGACACCUCCGCGACCUGCGCCACCUUACCACUCCGCUUCGGAGUGGCCGGCCCUGCCGGUCUGGCUGGGAUGCGUCUCUCCGUGCUUGUAGGGCUCUUCAUCGGCUGCGCCCUGUUUCUCGCACCUGUAACCGAGGGCUGUGGGCCGGGGAGGGGAUACGGCAAGAGACGUCUGCCAAAGAAGCUCACACCCCUCGCUUAUAAGCAGUUCAGCCCAAACGUUGCCGAGAAAACACUGGGCGCCAGUGGCAGACACGAAGGCAAAAUAACGAGAAACUCAGAACGGUUCAAAGAACUCACUCCCAACUAUAACCCUGAUAUCAUUUUUAAAGAUGAGGAGAAUACGGCUGCCGAUCGACUUAUGACCCAGCGUUGUAAAGACAAGCUGAACUCCUUGGCCAUCUCUGUGAUGAACAUGUGGCCUGGGGUGAAGCUGAGAGUGACAGAAGGAUGGGACGAGGACGGGCACCACUCAGAGGACUCCCUCCAUUAUGAGGGAAGAGCGGUGGACAUCACCACCUCAGACCGGGACAGGAACAAGUACUCCAUGCUGGCUCGCCUGGCCGUGGAGGCUGGCUUCGACUGGGUCUACUACGAAUCGAAGGCACACGUGCACUGCAGUGUCAAGUCAGAGCACUCAGUAGCAGCUAAGACCGGGGGCUGUUUCCCUGGUCGUUCUCUGGUCACUCUGGAUGACGGGAGCAGCAGGGCUGUUCAGGACCUCCAGCCAGGUGACCGGGUCCUGGCCUCCUCGGGGGUUGAUGGCAGCAGGAUCGGAGGAGACCUCGUCUACAGUGAGUUCUUCACCUUCCUGGACCACGAGCCUGCAGCCAGGAAACAGUUCUACGUGUUGGGAACAGAGACGGGAGCGAACCUGACCCUCACCGCGGCUCAUCUUGUGUUCGUGACCGAGGGUAACUGUUCAGUGGGCGAAUCGGGUGCUGUCAUGCGGACUAUGUACGCCAGCGACAUACGGCCAGGACAGUGUGUGCUGACCGCAGGGAGAAACCAAGGACUACAGGGAAUCCUCUCCCAGGUCAUUUGGGUCCACAUCCAGAUGGACACCGGGGCCUUCGCCCCUCUGACACGCCACGGUUCACUGGUGGUGGACGGCGUACUAGCCUCGUGCUACGCUGCUAUGGACCAGCACCAUCUAGCCCACUGGGCAUUUGGCCCCCUCCGCCUGCUGUACAGCUGGACCAGAUGGACUGGUGCCUCUCUAGGAGACGGACUACACUGGUACUCACAAGUCCUGCAUUGGAUAGGAACGUUCCUAUUGGACCCUGGACAUUUCCACCCCUGGGGGAUGGUCAUGCACGACUCAGAGAGAUAAAGAGAGAGAAAAAAAAAAAAGACACGGGAGGUCGCAAGUAAAAUUGUCAAAUCAAAUCUAAUGUUAUUUUGUCAGGUUGCUUCGUAGAAAACAGGUCUAACAGUGAAACGUUAACUUACUGGUCCAUUUCCAACCAUGAAUAUAACAAAUAAAAAUACAGAGUAAAAGUAACACAGUUGGUAGAGCAUGGCGCUUGUAACGCCAGGGUAGUGGGUUCGAUUCCCGGGACCACCCAUACGUAGAAUGUAUGCACACAUGACUGUAAGUCGCUUUGGAUAAAAGCGUCUGCUAAAUGGCAUAUAUACAAAAGUAUGUGGACAACACUUAAAAUUAGUGGAUUCGCCUUUUUCAGCCACCCGUUGCUGCCCGGUGUAUAGAAAAUCAAGCACACAGCCAUGCAAUCUCCAUAGACAAACAUUGGCUGUAGAAUAGACUUACUGAAAGUAUGUGGACAACACUUAAAAUGAGUGGAUUCGCCUUUUUCAGCCACCUGUUGCUGCCCGGUGUAUAGAAGAUCAAGCACACAGCCAUGCAAUCUCCAUAGACAAACAUUGGCAGUAGAAUAGACUUACUGAAGAGUUCAGUGACUUUCAACGUGGCAUCGUCAUAGGAUGCCACCUUUCCAACAAGUCAGUUCGUCAAAAUUCUGCCCUGCUAGAAGUGGAAAUGUCUAGGAGCCACAACAGCUCAGCCGCGAAGUGGUAGGACACACAAGCUCGCACAAUGCCCCCGUGCACAAAGCUAGGUCCAUACAGAAAUGGUUUGUCGAGAUCGGUGUGGAAGAACUUGACUGGCAUACACAGAGCCCUGACCUCAACCCCAUCAAACACCUUUUGGAUGAAUUGGAACGUCGACUGCGAGCCAGGCCUAAUCGCCCAACAUCAGUGCCUGACCUCACUAAUGCUCUUGUGUCUAAAUGGAACCAACAGCAAUGUUCCAUCAUCGAGUGGAAAGCCUUCCCAGAAGAGUGGAGGCUGUUAUAGCAGCAAAGGGGGGGGGGGACCAACUCCAUAUUAAUGACCAUGAGCAGGUGUUCACAUACUUUUUGUCAUGUAGUGAGUGAGUGUGUGGGUGUAUGUAGUGUAUGUGUGGUCAAAUCCAGCAUGUGUGCAUAGAGUCAGUGAAAAACAGCGUCCAUGCAGGUAGUCCGGUAGCCAUUUGUUUACCUUUUUAUAUCGAUUUUUAAAAAGUAAUUUAGCAGACGCUCUUAUCCAGUGCGACUAAGUGACUUGCUGAAGGGCACAUCGGAAGAUUUUUUAACUUAGCCGGCUCAGGGAUUCAAACUAGCAACCUUUGGGUUACUGGCCCAACGCUCUAACCGCUAGGCUACCUUGUUUAGAAGUCUUAUGGUUUGGGGGUAGAUGCUCUUCUGGGUCCUCUUGACUCCAGACUUGGUGCAUCGGUACCACUUGCCGUGAGGUAGCAGAGAAAAUAGUCUGUGGCUUGGGUGGCUGGAGUCUUUGACAAUUUUGACACAGACUGGAACAGACGUCCUGAAGUUCGGCCCCAGUGAUGUACUGGGCCGUACGCACUACCCUCUGUAGCACCUUGAGGUCGGAUGCCGAGCAGUUUCCAUACUAGGCGGUGAAGCAGCCAGUCAAGAUGCUCUCAAUGGUGCAGCUGUAGAACGUUUUGAGGACCUGAGGGCCAACGCCAAAUCUUUUCAGCCUCCUGAGGGGGAAGAGGUGUUGUCGUUCCCUCUUCACGACUGUGUUGGUGAGUGUGGACCACGAUAGAUCCUUCGUGAUCUGGACACCAAGGAACUUGAAGCUCUCGACGGUCUCCACUACAGUCCCGUCGGUGUGAAUGGCUGUGUGCUCGGCCCUCCAUUUCCUGUUGCCCAGCUCCUUUGUCUUACUGUCGUUGAAGGAGAGUUUGUUGUCCUGGAACCACGCGCCAGGAGUCUGACGUCCUCCCUGUAGGCUGUCUCAUCGUCAUCGGUGAUCAGGCCUACCACCAUUGUGUUGUCAGAAAACGUUAUUGUGGUGUUGAAGUUGUGCACGGCCACACAGUUGUGGGUGAAGAAGGAGUACAGGAUGGGAGUAAGCAUGCACCCCUGAGGGGCUCCUGUGCUGAGGGUCAGCGUGGUGGAUGUGUUGUUGCCCGUCAGGAAGUCCAGGAUACAGUUGCAGAGGGACCUUAACAUAGUGGUGAGCUUCAAGGGCACUAUGGUGUUACUGAGCUGAACUGUAGUCAAUGAACAGCAUUCUGUAGACAGUGAACAGCAUUCUCAAAUAGGUUUCCUUUUGUUCAAGUGGGAAAGGGCAGCUUGGAGUGCAUUGGAGAUUUUAUCAUCUGUGGAUCUGUUGGGGCGGUAUGCGAAUUGGAGUGUGUCCAGGGUGUCUGAGAUGAUGGUAUUGUGUUGAUGUGAGUCAUGGCCAGCAUUUCAAAGCAUUUCAUGGCUAUAGAUUUGAGUGCUAUGGGGUGAUAAUAAUUUAGGCUGGCUACCUCGGUGCUCUUGGGUACAGGGACUAUGUCAGGGACAGGUUAAAAAUGUCAGUGAAGACACUUGCUAGCUGGUCAGCGCCUCCUCUGUGUAUGCGUCCUGAUAAUCUGUCUGGCCCCCCUGCGGUCUUGUGAAUGUUAACCUGUUUAAAGAUCUGUUACGGAGAGCGUGAUCACACAGUCAUCUGGAACAGAUGCUGCUCUCACGCAUGGUUCAGUGUUGCUUGCCAUAGAAGGCAUUUAUCAAGUCUCCGUGAAGUAUUGGAUAUUACAGUUAUUCAUUUCCCGUUUUGAUAGGAUAGUCUCGAACGAAGCUCGUCCAGUUUGGUCUCCGGUAAUCCGCCAGUACAACAGAGGGAAGAAGCAGAUUAUAAUAUAAUAUAUAAUAAUAAUAAUAUAUAUGCCAUUUAGCAGACGCUUUUAUCCAAAGCGACUUACAGUCAUGUGUGCAUACAUUCUACGUAUGGGUGGUCCCGGGGAUCGAACCCACUACCCUGGCGUUACAAGCACCAUGCUCUACCAACUGAGCUACAGAAGGACCACAUUAUUUUCCUCCGUAGUUUCAUCAGGGUUCAAUAUCGUCGUCUUUUUGUUCUUCCGGGUGUCUGGGACUAGGGCCUGGUCCCGGGUGAGCAGUAUGUCCUUCUCGGCCCCCAAGUUAUAGAAGUAAAAGUCUUCAUUCAAAUCGAGGUUUAGUGAUCGUUGUUCUGAUGUCCAGAAGCGUUUUAUUUUAAUUUUACAUUUUUUAGUCGAUAGGAAACGAUGAUAGAAACAUUUUUUGUACAAAAAAAACAACAACAACAGCAACAACAACAACAACAGUAACAACAACAACAACAACAAAAACAACAACAAAAACAACAACAAAAACAACAACAACAAACAACAACAAAAA